UGGUCCGGCGCCAGGUAUGUUUUCAAACGGCAACGCUAAUUGAGGAAGGAUACAGGAGAUCAACACUUUCGCAGGAUAACCGGCUAGUUUCUUAUUUUUUUUCUCCAUAAAAGUCACAUACCGCAAUUUUAAAAGGCAAAAUCUUAACUGCACAAGGUCAGAGAUCCGUUUCCAGCGUUCAGACGCUGGUGGACUCCUCUUCUCUCCCCCCUCCUCCCAUUAGAAUAGAGAGGGAACGGGACAGACAGUGAUAGAGAAAGGAGGGAGAGUCUAUUGCACCUUUUUGUUUCGUGCGUAAACUGGAUAAAGGGUGUUUUUUUUUUCUCCUCCAAAUUCUGCGUGGGGACCUCCAAGUCUUUCAGCCUGAGCUGUCCACUUGAGAGGUGGUAGUCUGGGUGGAGUUUUCCUUUCCCCUUUGUUUUGCCGCAGGUGCUGUUGAGGUGAUAACCGUGCUUUCCCGUGUGUUUUUGCAUCGGCCCCCCGCGGCGCUGGGAUUAAGUCCUACCAUGAGACGGCUUUUGGAGACGUGGGUCGCAGUGCUGACAGCUUGCGCGCUGGCCGGACGCGCCUCCGCGGGAUACGGGCUGAGCAUGUUCGCCGCGCAGUCCUCCCCGCCGGACCCGUGCUACGACGAGAACGGGAACCCGAGGCGGUGCAUCCCCGACUUCGUCAACUCCGCUUUCGGGAAGGACGUGCGCGUGUCCAGCACCUGCGGCGCGCCGGCGGCCCGCUACUGCGUGGUGACCGAGAAGGGAGAGGAGCGCACACGGGACUGCCACACGUGCGACGCCACGGACCCCAAGAAGUCCCACCCGCCCGCCUACCUGACGGACCUCAACAACCCGCACAACCUGACCUGCUGGCAGUCGGAGAACUACGCGCAGUACCCGCAGAACGUCACCCUCACGCUGUCGCUUGGGAAAAAGUUCGAGGUCACCUACGUGAGCCUGCAGUUCUGCUCGCCCAGACCCGAGUCCAUGGCAAUCUACAAGUCCAUGGACUACGGCAAGUCCUGGGUUCCGUUCCAGUUCUACUCCACGCAGUGCAAGAAGAUGUACAACCGGCAGAACAAGGCGACGAUCACCAAGCAGAAUGAGCAAGAGGCUAUCUGCACGGACUCCCACACCGACAUGCACCCGCUGACCGGCGGCCUGAUCGCCUUCAGCACCCUGGACGGACGGCCGUCGGCGCACGACUUCGACAACUCGCCAGUGCUGCAGGACUGGGUGACGGCCACCGACAUCAAGGUGAUCUUCAGCCGGCUGCACACGUUCGGCGACGAGAACGAGGACGACUCGGAGCUGGCGCGCGACUCCUACUUCUACGCCGUGUCGGACCUGCAGGUCGGCGGACGGUGCAAGUGCAACGGGCACGCGUCGAAGUGCGUCAAAGACCGCGAGGGGAACCUGGUGUGCGAGUGCAAGCACAACACGGCGGGGCCGGAGUGCGACAGGUGCAAGCCCUUCCACUACGACCGGCCAUGGCAGCGCGCCACGGCCAGGGAGGCCAACGAGUGCGUCGCGUGCCACUGCAACCUGCACGCCCGCCGCUGCCGCUUCAACAUGGAGUUGUACAAGCUGUCCGGCCGCAGGAGUGGCGGCGUCUGCCUCAACUGUCGUCACAACACAGCGGGGCGUCACUGUCACUACUGCAAGGAGGGCUACUACAGGGACAUGACCAAGUCCAUCUCUCACCGCAGAGCCUGCAAAGCGUGCGACUGUCAUCCGGUCGGAGCGGCGGGGAAAACGUGCAACCAGACAACAGGCCAGUGUCCCUGCAAGGACGGCGUGACGGGGAUCACCUGCAACCGCUGCGCCAAGGGUUACCAGCAGAGCCGCUCCCCCAUUGCGCCGUGCAUAAAAAUCCCUGUUGCAUCUCCAACAUCGACUUACAGCAACUACGAGGAGCCAUCAGAUUGCGAGUCCUACUGUAAAGCCUCCAAGGGAAAAAUGAAGAUCACUAUGAAGAAGUACUGCAAGAAAGACUUUGCCGUCCAGGUUCACGUCCUCAAAGGCGACAAGGCAGGCGAGUGGUGGAAGUUCACCGUCAACAUCAUUUCCGUCUACAAGCAAGGCGGCCACCGCAUCCGCCGCGGGGACCAGCUGCUGUGGGUGCGCGCCAAGGACGUGGCCUGCAAGUGUCCCAAGAUCAAGCCCGGGAGGAAGUACCUGCUCCUGGGCUCGGACGACGACGCGCCCGGACAGAGCGGCGUGGUCGCCGACAAAGGCAGCCUGCUCAUCCCCUGGAAGGACCUGUGGGGCCGCCGGCUGAGGAAGUUCCAGCAGCGCAGCAAGAGGGGGAAGUGCUAAAAUAAAAAUAAAAAUGGCUUGUCGGUGAGAGAAGAGGAGAGAGAUUGGUGUGACGCCUCCCGCCGGGAUCAAAAGGAGAAGUGAUGGUUGAUGGAUUAACUGAAAUAGUCAUAAAUAAAAGGGACGAAAAUAUUAAAGUGAAGAGUAGGAGAA